AGGGAGGAGAUGCGAGCCAUGGCCGGAGGGGAGAAGACGCCACUGGAAGCCGCCGUCGUCCUCUCUGCGCCACCGUCGUCCUUGCCACAAGGUCAGCCGCUGUCAUGUAUGGCAGAGCCAGAAAGAGAGAGUUCAGGAGUAGAGCAAGAAAGAGAGAGAUUUUAGGCUGGGCUGGGAGUCCAACCACCGUGUCCAGCCGCCGUCUGUGUCCCCGGUGCCGCCUCCGCCGGAGCUGUCGCCAUCAGAAAGGGGUUCAGGCCGCCGCAGGUGUCACUGCCGGAGAAGGGAGUUGCAUCUCUGUGAUUCCGACCGCCAGGAGUGGUUUUGUGACGUUAGGGACCACCGCCGGAGCUUCUGGCUACUGCUGCCAUCGCCGGAAAAGUUGGCGCGAUCGGAAAUUGUCGUCGCUGCCGCAUGAGGUGGCUGCCGGGCUGCCGUUGAACCGGUUCGGAGACCGCUGCCAUUUCGGUUCAGCCGUUUCUCCUUCGGUUCGAGUUGUUGAGACUGUUGCGGAAGUGGUUUGGAACCGAGGUUUUGGCUGCUGGGAUUUUGAUUGUUGAUCUCGGGUUGAGGCGGAAAGGACUCUAUGAGACUUUUGGGUUAUGGAUUUGCGUUUUGAGGUAGGGGCGCUUUCCGAAAACUACAGUUUAUUAUUGGAAUUAUUACAUAUGGAUACUGAUGUGAGAUAUGGUGUAAUUAGUGAUUGUAUCUGCCUUAUGUAUUAUUUGAUUGACUCGAAUGAUUAGGGAUGUUGGCUUGGCUGAAUUGUUGUGUGGCUUGUGAAAUAUAAUGUUUGAAGUUGAUUCUUUAAAUAUUUGAAAUGAGUUUAAU